UUCAGAGCAGCAGCAUGGGCAACACCAGCAGUGAGAGAAGCGGAGCGGAGAAGACGAACAGGCGAGAGAGCCGUGGUGGUAAAGAUGGAGCUCGACCCAAAAUCCUGAUGGACAGCGCGGAGGACGGAGACCUCUUCCAAGCAGAUGAUGCCAAGGUGGAGUUUCUAGCUUGGCGACAAGAUCAGGAAUCAGAUAUUAAAGCCCCACCAGAGGAAAGGCCCACUGUGUUCCGCUGGAGCGGUCCAGGGAAAGAGAUCUACUUGUCUGGCUCCUUUAACAACUGGGCCAGCAAAAUUCCCUUGACUAAGAGUCAUAAUAAUUUUGUGGCAAUACUUGACCUGCCUGAAGGAGAACACCAGUAUAAGUUCUAUGUGGAUGGACACUGGAUAUUAGACCCCAAAGAGGCUGUUGUGACUAAUAAGUCAGGUGUGGUGAAUAAUGUCAUUAAAGUGAGGAAAACAGACUUUGAGGUUUUCGACGCACUGAAGACAGACUCCGAGAAAUGUGCCGACAUGUCAGACUUAUCCAGCUCCCCACCCGGCCCGUACCAUCAGGAUCCCUACGCAUCCAAAUCAGAAGACCGACUGCGCUCUCCACCCAUACUCCCUCCUCACCUGCUGCAGGUGCUCCUCAACAAAGAAACUGGAAUCUCUUGUGACCCAACCCUGCUGCCUGAACCAAACCAUGUGAUGCUCAACCACCUGUACGCCCUUUCCAUCAAGGAUGGUGUAAUGGUACUUAGUGCGACACAUCGCUACAAAAAGAAGUAUGUGACCACACUGCUGUACAAGCCGAUCUGAUCUCAAUUCAACUGUGGGACCAACACUAUUCUGCCUGAUACUGUAUCAUUUUACCCAUCAAAGAAAGGGACCAUACCUAACAAACAACACAAAACUUUGUCUGUAUGAGUUUAUAUCUGUUUCUGAAUGUCAUCUUCUGAUCCAUAAACCAAAAUCUACAUUGUUUCUGUUUGCACACAUAUUGUAAUGUGUUUGACAAAUGUAAAUAUAUUUCUUAUCAGGCUUGCAGAUAUGUAUAAUUGUUUUGUGUGUGGCUUUUCAGUUUUUGACUCUAAAAUACUGCUAGAUUAUUCGAAGGACAUCUGUGAUGAUUAUCUUUGAGAUCUUGAUUCCAGGGAUGUCACUAAAAGGUUUCUGAUAUUUGAUAUGAACAUUCCCAUCACGUUGCUUGAGAAAUAUCUGCGAAUAAAAUGAACCAUAAAA